UUGCGGUGAUUGAUUUUCAAAAGCAUUAGUUUUUGUUGUUGCUUCAGUUGCGACUUGCUCGUGUGCGUUCUUUGCGUAACGUGAAAUUUAAUUUUUUUAUCAUAAUUUUAUCAAAUUAUCAGUUGACAACAUGGUGUUAAUAAAGGAAUAUCGCGUUUGCAUGCCGCUCACUGUGGAGGAGUACAAAAUUGGUCAGCUGUAUAUGAUUGCGCGCCACAGUCUGGAGCAGUCCGAUGAGGGAGAGGGAGUGGAGGUGAUGGAGAAUAAGCCCUGCGAGGAUCCCGUACAUGGCAAGGGACAGUAUACAGAGAAGCGCAUUCACCUGUCCAGUCGCCUGCCCUAUUGGAUACAAGCGAUAUGCCCACGCGUUUUCUAUGUGACUGAGAAGUCCUGGAAUUAUUAUCCCUACACUUUGACAGAGUACACGUGCUCUUUUAUACCCAAAUUGAAUGUGCUAAUCAAGACGAAAUAUGAAAACAACAGUGGUACAACCGAAAAUUGCCUGGAUCUCAGCGAGGAGGAUUUGAAGGUGCGUACAGUGGACCAUGUGGAUAUUGCCUUCGAUGAGCUCAAUGGAAAGCAUUACAAACGCGAAGAGGAUCCCAAGUUCUUCAAGUCGAUUAAGACAAAUCGGGGUCCACUCAUUGAGGGAUGGCGUGAGACCGACAAACCCAUUAUGUGUUCCUAUAAAGUUGUCAACGGCAGCUUCGAGGUCUGGGGUCUUCAGACUAAAGUGGAGGACUUUAUCCAGCGUGGCAUUCGGGAUAUUCUGUUGCUGGGACAUCGUCAGGCCUUUGCCUGGAUUGAUGAGUGGCACGGCAUGACGCUGGAGGAUGUGCGCUCCUAUGAAAAACAAAAACAGGCAGAGACCAAUGAGAAGGUCCAAUAUAAUGCUAGUCCGUCAGUGAUAAACGAUACUGAUGCUGCCGAUGGUAGCGCCACACCCACAAAAGACGACGAUGCUUAGAAGCAUUAAUAAUCCUAGCAGCUAAAAGUAAACUCUUGUGAAUGUUAUACCAAAUUUAGUCAGCCAAACAAACUAGGCAGACAGUUUGUACCUUUAGCUCUAUAAUAUUAAUGUAAAUGUUAAUGUUAUGGUGCACUAAGCGAUGAGCUUACCAAUUUCUUAAAUCAUAACCAAAUGAAUGUACAUACAUAUACAUAGACACAUAUUGAAAUGCAUUUUAAUGGUCCAAAUAAGCUCAAGAAUCUGAAACUGACACGCAGCUACAGACACAAAUUUAUAUAUAUGUAUAUGUAUAUAUUUAUGAGUACUCGAAACCAAACACAAAUUACUAAUUAGAUAAUUGAACAGUAUGCUAAAUUGUAGUCAAACUUACAUAUAAUGUAACUUGUAUGUUGAGUACAAAUUUCUGUUUAAUUAAUGGUUUUUGUUAACUAUAUUUCUUAUUUAUGCUAUGUAUGGGGCUUUCAUGCUAUUCGAUGUACAAAUAGAAAAGAUAUUUGAUAAAACUCUGUUUUCAAUUGUAAAUUGUCAACUCAUGUUUGCAUGUAUAAAAAAACUUUAAAGACAACUAUUCUCGCAUGUAUGAGCAAUUAAGUUCCAAGUAAAGAUCCGAUUUUAUUGUUAAA